AUUGUGGUAUAUACACAUUGAUAUUUUCUUAGAGAAAAAACACAUGUUGUAGUGUGGUGAAUGUGUUAAAUUCCCAAUCUGAAACCCUAGUUACCACCUUCACUUCACGCGAAGAACAAAACAAUGGUGAGAAAGAGAAAGCUCGUCGCUAAAUCGUCUCAACCAGAGGAACCACCGCUCAAACAGCACCACUCUCAGCCUCAACCGGAUCCCGAACCGGAACCCUAUAUCCCCGCCGAAGAAGUUGAGGAAGAAUAUGAAGAAGUUGAGGAGGAAUAUGAAGAGGUUGAGGAAGUAGAGGAGGAGGAGGAGGAAGAAGAGGAGGAGGAGGAGGAGGACGACGGAGGAGAACAAGCUCAAGGUGGAGAAUACCUAGAAGAAGACGAUGAACCGAUUAAGGACCUCGUGGAGCCUUUCACCAAAGAGCAGAUCGUGAAUCUCCUUUGCGAGGCGGCGUCUAAACAUCGUGAUGUUGCGGACCGGAUCCGUAAGAUUGCUGACGGAGACGCGUCACACCGGAAGAUUUUUGUUCAUGGUUUGGGAUGGGACACCACUUCCGCAACCCUAAUUAACGCUUUUUCGCAAUACGGUGAAAUUGAGGAUUGUAAAGCUGUUACUGAUAAGGUUUCUGGGAAAUCUAAGGGUUAUGGGUUUAUUCUUUUCAAGAAGCGGAGUGGGGCGAGGAAUGCUUUGAAAGAGCCUCAGAAGAAGAUUGGGAACAGGAUGACGGCGUGCCAGCUGGCGUCUAUUGGUCCUGUGCAGCAAACUCCGCAGCCAACGGCGCAGUUGGCGCCGCAAGGCUCGGAGUAUACGCAGAGGAAGAUAUAUAUCAGCAAUGUUGGUCCUGAAUUGGAUCCGCAGAAACUGUUUGCUUAUUUCUCGAGGUUUGGAGAAAUUGAGGAAGGGCCGUUAGGGCUUGACAAGGCGACGGGAAAGCCGAAAGGGUUUUGCUUGUUUGUUUAUAAGAGUGCUGAGAGUGCAAGGAGGGCAUUGGAAGAGCCUCAUAAGGAAUUUGAGGGACAUAUUUUGCAUUGCCAGAGGGCAAUUGAUGGUCCUAAGGCGAAGACACAACAUCAACAACCACAGCAGCAACAACACGUGAAUUCAUUGAAUCAAUUGAACCAACUGAACCCAUUGACUCAGAGGACACAAUUUCAGAGAAAUGACAAUAUUGGAUAUGCCGGUGGUAGUAGUGUUGCAGUUAGCCAACCAGGGCACUUAAUGGCGCCGGCAGGACCAACAAUUGGGUACAACCAGGCUACUGCUUCUGCUGCACAGGGGCUGAACCCGGUGCUGACGCCUGCACUUGGACAGGCUUUGACGGCGCUACUUGCAUCUCAGGGUGCUACUUUGGGGCUGAGUGAUUUGUUGGGGAGUCUUGGAACGAGUAAUGCUCUUAAUCAUGGAGGUGUUUCUGCUGCAGGUCAUGGAGUUCAGAGUGGAUACAGUGCUCAGCCUAGUAUAAGUCCAUCAGUUAUGGGAGCAUAUGGGAAUUCAGUACCACAGGUUGGGUUGCAGGUGCAAUAUCCAAACCAGCAGAUUGGACAGGGUGGUUCCGGAAGAGGCCAAUAUGGUGGUGCUGCACCUUACAUGGGGCACUAAGUGGGCCGCAGAAAAUUAAAUUCAAAUGCACCAAUUGGGAAUUGACAGGUUGAGGUAAUAUCUUUGAUUCCUUGCUUAAGCUAGGUGGAUUAUUGGUUGUUGAUUUAAACAAGUUGUGUGUAACUCCAAAACUCCAUGUGAUAUGAUAGUUUAUGCUCUUGUACUGCUACUUCUGUUUCUUGUGACAGGUUUUUCUCUUGUAUUGCUACUUCUGUUUCUUGUGACAAGUUUUUUCUCUUGUAUUGCUACUUCUGUUUCAUUUGGCACUUGUACUUUUGUGGCACUCAAUCUCAUUUACAUAGUUUUGUGUUGCGUUAUCCCGAGAUGUUCUUUUGCAUGAUAUGUUUAGGUCUAGUAUAUCAAGAUUUUUGUAAGGAUUGAGGUCAGUUGCUGAGUGCUAUUUUAUUGCUAGUGAGUUCUCUUCUCAGGACCUGUUUUGCCAUUGAAAGUUGUCUCCCUCGAAUGGGUUAGUUUUAGCUUUAUAUAUACCUUGACUAAGGUUUUGUGAUUUUGGAUUGGAAGAAAAGAGACCUAGGAAAAUGGAGAGAGGGAAAGGGGCUAAUAUUAUAUAAGGGGCAAAAUUAGAAAAUUAAGAGGGUUGAAAUACGUAGUGAAAUGGUAAACACGAGGUGCCAUCUUUGGUUUGAAUAGAAAGUUAUAAGAAAUAAUGGAGCAAGUAUAGUUGUUUCACUAUAAAGAAAAUAGUAGUGAAAUGGUGUUUUACUUCUUUGUUUGAUUAUAGAAAUUUAGAGCUAUUUUUUAUUUAUUUAUAUUGUUUACAAUAUACAGUUUCCUUUUCCAUCGAAUUAAUAUCCUUUGUUUUAAUUGUUCUUUUUGAAGUAAUAGUUGAUCAAGUAAAUCAAAUACUUAUUAUUAUUUUUUGGGCAAUAAAUCAAAUGCUUAUUAUAAUACAAGAGGGCUUCGACUUAACUUUUUCCUCGUAGGAACAUCAUCUAUGAGAUGUUGAACUUUAUUAAGGUAUUAAAAAUCAAUCAUUUUCUUUAGCUCAGUAACAUGAGCAACAACAUAGAUGCAUGACUUCAAUGUUUAAUUUUUGUUUCUUUUUUUGCCAUAAGCAGUUCCGUUAUUUUGGUGUUUCUCAUUGUUUUUAUGACCAAAAUUGCCUCGUAGGAACAUGAUCAAUCAUUUUCUUUAGCUCAUCUAUGAGUGUCUGUAUAAUAUACUUAUUGCCCUACGUUUAAGUGUGCCUAGCAAAUGAAUAAGCAAGUGGGAUAAGAACAAGAAUAGAAGGGCAAUCAAAACACCUUUUGCUUUGGUACGAAAGUGUAAGGAGAAAAGAAACUCUAAUUCUUUGUCUGAGUUAUAUUUCCUAUCAGUUGAUCCAAAGGAAAGUCUAA